AAACGAGAUUUCGUAACGAGGAGACGUGGCGACGUCACGAUUGCGUUCGUUAGCUGUGUACAGCUUGGGGGAACUUGGGCUUUUUUUCUUACCAGCACCACAAAGCGGCAGCCGGCAGAACCAGGACAUCUGGUCCCGGAAUCCAGAGCGGGUACCGAUGAGCGUUGGCUCGGAACAGUUCGAUUUCUCAUGUAGCAUAUAUGCGUGAAGAUUAUCCCGAUGGAGGUGCUGGAGAGUCCUCUUAAUCUGGCCCAUCAGCAGAGCAGGAGAGCGGACCGCCUGUUGGUGGCAGGCAAAUAUGAAGAAGCCAUUUCAUGUCACAGGAAAGCUGCAGACCUUCUGGAGGAAGCCAUGAAGCUGACCAAGUGUGAGCAGGCUCAGCUGUCCCUGGAGCUCCAAAGGGAGAGUCACCUGAAGCAGCAGCGGCUGAUUGAGGAAAAGUGGAAACGGGCUCGGCGGGAAUGGAAGCCUCGGGUCCUCCUGAGUGGCGAGCAGGUGCCGUCUGGCCAGCUGCAGCCGCCUCCGGGUACGGGAGGCCUGGAUCGGGAGUACGACACCUGGCUGUACCUCCUGAAGAACAAGGGCCCACCGCAGGAGCCCUGCGCCGGCAGCAAGGCCCUGAAAGACGACAAGACCCGUCUAGAGGAGCAGGAGACCGCCAUCGCGGAGCUUCGUCGGCUGGUGGACGACCUGCUGGCCAAGAAUGAGAGGCUGAGUCACGAGAAGCAGAGGCUCACCAACGAGAACCAGCGGCUGCAGGCGGAGAACGCCCGGCUGAGGAGCGCGCCAUAUGCGGAAGCCCACCUGGUGGAGGGGUCCGACGUGUGGAUCCUACCCCAGGCGGGGCAAGAGCGCAAGAGCAAGGACAUCCCCAUCCCUCACCUGCCACCCCUGGAGAUGCCGACUCCGGUCAUGGAGCUGCCCGAGGACAUCCAGCACGAGCUGGAGGAGCUCCUGGAUAGGGAGAAGCUGUAAUAGCAGGCACACGGAAGGGACAAAAUGGUGCCGGCCACUGGACAGUAAGUUUGACUGGUGGUGAGAAGGCGCCACCUUCUCGCCGUGACCACAAGGGGGCACUACUCACAAAUUUUCAGCAGUCAUUUCUUUGCUGGUUUUUUUUCCCCUUCUUCCCCCCUCCCCUCCAGUGACUCCUUAGAUACUGCAGCUAAUUCACAAUAAUCUCUUGCAGGAUUUGUGCCUUCCGAUACUUUCAGAACUGUGGUACUCUAAGGCCCUAAAACAUAAAAGUGAUUUUAAAUAAAAAAGAAAAAGGACUGACAUCGUCUUUAAACAACGUUGCUGUCUCAGCUUUGAUGGACAAAGGUGGCUCUGGCUUUGUUUUCGUGUCGUUUCCAUGGAAAAGGAGAGAUCUUAGUGGAGCCGUUUAAAGGGACGGUGCCAGCGCACUUUGGGGAGCGUUGCGGUGCGACUUGGGACAGAACUUGAGCAAAGGGGCCGCGGCUGAGCCUCUCUGUUGAAGACGAUGAACACUGUGAUCUUCAUCAAGGAGCUGUUGGCAUUUGUGUCGUCCUGUCUGCUCAGCUACCCCCCUCAGCCGUUCCUUCUAAAUAUGCAGCCAUGAAGGGUUAGGGUUAGUCCUGGAGGUGCGUCAGUCGAGUGAAACGUGAACAUGUUUAAAAUACCUCCCUUUUCUGUCGUACAAGCUUCACAGUCGGUCUGUGGAACGUGAUGGGAGAUGAAUCUUACUCAGAAGACCGUGGGCAGGCCGGGGCUGGGUGCAAGCUGCCCAUCCGGCGGCUUUUUUGCAUUAAUCGAUAUGCAGCAUGUUCAUUUCGGCGGGUUGGCGCUCUCGCCCGCCCUAUCGGAAACGUCCUGCUGCCCAGAAUCACGGCGUGGCGGACGUGUGAUUUUUCCAGCGGCCGCGUGCGACGAAAAUGAUUUUAGCACAAAGGCUUUAUGAGCCCCUGGUAUCAAAGCUUGGAAAGGAGUAGCCAGUGAAGGUCUCCGUUUUGUUUGUCAGAUGUGAGGUACCUCAUCUCCUAGUUUUUUUGUCUCAUUUUCUUUUUCUACUGUAAUCAGUCAAUGGAUGGACACAGUGAUUGUGUAGAACACACACAUUUUCAGGUAAUUGUCUGAAUAUGCAGAAUGCAGAAACAUAAAUAUAGUAUAUAUAUAUUCAUAAAUAAAUAUAUACAUCAGGGUGUGCAGCCUGUCUUUCACAUUAACCUGAAGUAAUCGACUUGUGCCAGACGCGCCAGGAAUAACAAAACUACGAGAAGCAACUCAUAAGUUUUUUUUGCUCAGCAAGAGGGAACCAAAUCCAGUGUUUUUAUGUAUAAAUUAUCGGUUUACAAACAGUAAUCAGGGUGCAUCAACCUUUUUUUUUUUGUAUUUUUGCUUGAUGUAAAUCUAAAACGGAUGUGAUAUUGAUUCUCAUAACAAUGAAAAUGUAACUUUGUUUUUGGUGAUGCAUGAAUGACAAUUCUAGUUCUAAAUGUACAAUCUUUAAGAUAUUAAACAAGACUUUAUUUA